GAAGAAAUCUGAAAAAAAUGACAAACCAAAGCUCGGGUCGUAGGAGUUAUAAAACUUUCUUUGUUAGUUUGCGGUUUCGUGGGUUUUUUUCUUAACAAUUUCCCUAGUAUUGCUUACCUCAAUGCCUUCAAGAUUUCAUCACUGCACAAAAGGCAGAUUACCACUGAUAGGCAUGUAAACACAGAUAUAAAAAGUAUUUUUUCAUUUGUAUUUGAAAGGGUUAAUGAAAAUUGCUUUGUUUUGAAUCAAAAUAAUUUAGUUUAUUGUAGUUUUAAAAUACUUUGAAAGACUUUGGCUGUGUCCGAAAUCUUUAAAACGCUGCCUUCGGAUGCGUAAAGGCCCGUCCGAAUCCAAUGUUUGGUUUACUGCCUGACUCCUGAGAUACCUUCAUUGUCUUGUCCCUCAAUUCUAUGAGUGUGUGCGCGCGCGUGGGGAAUGUGAUUGGUCGAAAAAAAGUUGAAAAAAAAUAAAAGGUGACCAAGAAAGCAGCUAGAGCACAAAUUUAGUAUAAAUAUAGUUAUGUUUUCACUUUUUACACAUUUUGAUUGCAUUUCUAGCGAGAAAUUAGUAUUUUAGGUACAGAAUUCCAUUAUCCUGCCUACGAAGGCUGUCCAAAUGCGUCUGACAGAGCUGCCUUUAUACCGUUGAAGUCAAUGCCUCAUGAGACAGCAAGGAAACAAGUCAGCUGCCUUAGUUUUCUUAGUUUCCAGACGCACCCUAUCAAUUAUGACAUAAAAAAAUGUGGCCUCUGAUUGGUGCCUACGCUAUAGUUUGCCCAGACUUGUUGAGAUGAGAACAGAAAUUUGAUCAUAUACGGAAGAAGGUGAUCAAGGGAACAGAGAAGAGUGAAAAUGAGCAACGAUUCAUGCAGCAAAUAUGCAUUUCAAAUCAAUUUCCUACCACCCUUGUACGGCAUUGAAAUGUGUGUGGCUUUAGCAGGGAAUUUAUUUGCCUUGUGGCUCCUGAUUAUGAAAGAGAGAAAAAACUGGCACCCUGGAGUUGUGUUCUCCUGUAACCUGGCCAUCAGUGAUGUGCUUUAUGUCCUGACCUUGCCUUUGCUCAUCAUUUACUAUGCCAAAAAGAAGGAGUGGAUAUUUGGAGUCGCUAUUUGCAAAAUCGAACGCUUCCUCUUCAACUGCAACCUCUACGUCAGCAUUUUCUUUAUCACGUGCAUCAGCGUCAACAGAUAUCUGGCAAUCGUCUACCCAUUUUUUACCCGCAGCUACGUUCGGCCUAAACAUGCAAAGAUCAUAAGUGUGCUGACAUGGCUCAUAGUGAUAAUAAUUGUGUCACCAGUCCUCAAAUAUGCUGGAACAGAGUCAGAAAACGACAAUAAUAUAAAUAAAACAUUUUGUGUGUCAUGUCAUGACAAAAGUAUGAAAACCUCCCAUUUCCACUACAUAGUAUUUCUCAUGGUUGUGGGGUGCAUGAUUCCUUUUGUAGUUACCUUUGCAUCUUAUCUAGGUGUGAUUUGGACUGUUCUCCAAAAUAAAAAUAUCACCACGUUGGAGAAAAGGAAAGUGGCUCUACUGGUAGGUUUAGUCUGUGUCCUAUACGCCAUAUCAUUCGUGCCUUAUCAUGUUUUGCAGACAAAGCAAGUGUACUUAAGAACGAUGGGCAUUCAAGAAUGUUGGGUGCAUAAUUCAUAUCAAGUGUCAAAAGUGUUGGCCACCUUAAACAUGUGCAUACAUCCGCUUUUGUACAUGGCUGUUUUUGACAGCAUACGGACAGUUUGCUGUGGAAGGAGCUCAGAUGACUAAAAUGCUUUUUAAAUGAUAGCAUGCAGUGACUUCCUGGAUGUAGUUGUUAUUGAAACUAAACAGGCAAACCACAAAGCAGAUAAGACAGCUAGAUCAACUGUUUCUCUUUUGCUUUUUUGCUUUAACUGUGAAUUAUCAGAUGGUAGCAAGUAAAUGUAAAGUGCUAAAUAUGAAAAGACUUAAUAAAGAUGCAUACAAAUGAUGGUCUCAGUCUCUUCAUGACUUAAAAUGUUUUUCAUCAUAGCAAAUGUUAUGAAAAAGGCGACUUAAGCAGUUGUUUAAGUUAGCGGCAACAUUUUUUUAAUCGCGGAGUAUAAAAUAUUACUUACAAUUUUUUCAGAAACAUUCAGGUAUUAAACUAUGCCAGGUAAGAUGACUAGUACCUGGAUGAGUGCUAUUUUUUGUUUUCACUCCAAAACAUUAUAACAAAAAAGCUUACAUUUCACCUUGAAGGCACUACUUUUAAUAAAGUCAUAUUGAAGUUAAGUUUGUUUUUCAGUCAAAAGAAAACUUCAUUUAGUUAUGACUCAAAGUGUAAAUGGCAACACAACAACACGGUAAAACCUCAGAGUCUGCCGACUAAUUAAAAUGCAGUGGUAAGAAAUCCAGCUCUACCCCUGCAUCUCGACCCAGCCCCGCCCCAUUGGAUGUCGUGCUCUGCAGUGAGGUGGGGUGCUACUGAAAACAAUGCUCAUCCUGCAGCGAAAUUUCACAAGAUUUUGGCCGUAUCACUGUAAAAAAAAAUGCAGCAUGAAGUCAAUUCAACCUACUAGCCUAUUUUAAGUUUUGGCUUAAAAAUGUUGACAUAACUUAUACAUUUAUGUUGAAAUAGUUUAACUUAAUUUUUUAAGUUAAAGUAAAAUAAAAAUAUUUGUUGAUUUGACCAAAAUGCUGCACAUUUUUUACAGUGUAGC